CGGGCCAAUGGGGUGGGUUUGUGACGUGGCCGCCCGGGCGAGGCGUGAGAGGCUGUGCGGAGACGCUGCGCUGCCUUUUUAGCGGAGCGCCGGCGGCGGAGGAAGAGGUCGAGAAGGAGGUCGGCGCUGGCAGAACUGCACCAAACUGUAAUCAUGUUUUCCAAGCUGGCCUACCCCCAAUCACUUGCUGUUCUCCGUCGUGGUGUUCAUGCUUCUGUGAGUUCAGCCACAUCGAUUGCAACUAAGAAAACGGUCCAGGGCUGUUCGUCACCUGAAUAUAUAUAUGAACGAGAGGCCAAGUAUGGUGCACAUAACUACCACCCACUCCCAGUUGCACUUGAAAAAGGGAAAGGUGUUUAUGUGUGGGAUGUAGAAGGCAAAAGAUAUUUUGACUUCUUAAGUGCUUAUAGUGCUGUCAAUCAAGGGCACUGUCAUCCAAAGAUUGUAGCUGCUCUAAAAUCCCAGAGUGAAAAACUUACCCUUACCUCAAGAGCAUUUUACAAUGAUGUACUUGGUGAAUAUGAAGAGUAUGUCACUAAAAUGUUCAAGUAUAACAAAGUACUUCCAGUGAACACAGGUGUGGAGGCUGGAGAAACAGCUUGUAAGCUGGCUCGUAAGUGGGCGUACACAGUGAAAGGAAUUCCAAAAUACAAAGCAAAGAUCAUUUUUGCAGCUGGCAACUUCUGGGGAAGAACACUCUCUGCUAUCUCAAGUUCUACAGACCCUUCAAGCUACGAUGGGUUUGGACCAUUUAUGCCAGGUUUUGAAGUUAUUCCAUACAAUGAUCUGCCAGGUCUUGAGCGUGCCCUUCAAGAUCCAAAUGUAGCAGCUUUCAUGGUGGAACCCAUUCAGGGUGAAGCUGGUGUGAUUGUUCCUGAUAAGGGUUAUUUAACAGGUGUGCGAGAGCUUUGCACAAAGCACAAUGUUCUCUUUAUUGCGGAUGAAAUUCAGACUGGGUUAGCUAGGACUGGGAAAAUGCUGGCUGUUGACCAUGAAAACGUUAGGCCAGAUCUCAUCUUACUUGGAAAGGCCUUGUCUGGAGGUGUCUAUCCUGUCUCAGCAGUGUUAUGUGAUGAUGAAAUUAUGCUCACUAUAAAACCUGGUGAACAUGGUUCAACAUAUGGUGGGAACCCACUGGCUUGUCGAGUGGCCAUGGCAGCACUUGAGGUAAUUGAAGAAGAGGAGCUGGAAAACAAUGCAGAAACCAUGGGCAAUAUAUUGAGGAAUGAGCUUAUGAAGACGCCAUCAGAUAUUGUGACUUGUGUUAGAGGAAAAGGAUUAUUAAAUGCCAUUGUUAUUCGGGAAACUAAAGAUUAUGAUGCCUGGAAAGUGUGUCUGCGACUCCGUGACAAUGGACUCCUGGCCAAGCCAACACAUGGGGAUAUCAUCCGCUUGGCUCCCCCUCUAGUGAUCAAGGAGGAUGAAAUCAGAGAAUGUAUUGAAAUUAUCCACAAAACUAUUUUGUCUUUUUGAAGGUGCACUGUUCAAAGUGUGCAUGCAAGCUGAUUCCCAGCCCAACUCUAAAAAACAAUGUUCUGGAGCCAUCUCUUCUCCUCCCUUUCUAGGUUUGAUAUUUUUUCAUCCUGCUGGGUGUGAAAACUCAAGUCUUCUGAUACAAAUAAUUUCACCUUUUUUUAUUAUGGACCUGACAAAAGCAAAUGACUAAAUUGGUUUUUGACUGUAUUGUCUCUUUGGAAAAUUUGUUAAGUUUCAUCCAAUUAUGUUUAUGAAUGUCUCCUUACAUUUCAUUGAAAGUAUAAAUUAUAUAAAUCUAAUGUACCAAAUAUUACAAUCUUAAAGCUAUUAAAAUACCUUUUACCACUUA